AUGUCACGGGAAAGCGAGUCUCCAUACACUACAAAAACGAAUUCUAUAGUUAGUUACUUGCCUGUGAUAAGAAGACGAAGCCCUGGUGUAACCUCUUAUUCAUCGAGUAUACAUGCAACGACGGCCCUACCCAAAACAGAUCGAUUGUCAGAAAAUUUGUUAAAGAACUAUGUCGUGGAACUCGCCAAGGAAAAUUCCGAGAUGAUCAAGAAAAUUGUCGACCUCCAGCGCGAGCGAAAGGUAUUGGAAGCGCGCCUCAUAGCAGCAAAUGCGAUGAAAACCAAUAUUGUCUCAAACAGUGAGAAAGAGCACACUAUAGAGGAUACAAAAGCGUCCGGUUGGAACUGUACCCGUGGUGUCGCCUUGACUGAAAACCUCUUGAAGGAUAUUCGAAGUGCAAUCGAGUGUAAGGCCUGUGUUUCUGAUUGUACUUACAACGGCAUGCAAGUUGUGUUUGACGGUAUGAAAAAGCAGGCGGUCAACACGGUGGUCUUUGAUCGUGAUAAAAAAUUGCAAAAGCAACUCACAGGUCUCUCGCAAAGCAUAUCGCGCUCUGUGUGUGGUGAUAACUCAAGCGAGGGGGGAGACACAGGAGCUCCUGGGGAAGCAUUUGUAUUGAUGAAUCGUGUCGUAGCACCGGCCACAGAGCGUGUUGACCAGUUUAUGGGGCUUUGCAUGGACCUCCUCUUUGCGUUAUAUAGGGCGCAUGCGUGCCAUCAUUAG